ACUAUUUAUCUUUUGGUGAUAUCUAAUCUACCUAUAGAUUAUUUAGCAUUCUGAUUUAGUUGUUGUAUUGUUGUGUGUUUAAUGUGUGGGUCGUUGGCAAAAUGUGUAAUAUUUUAGGAAUAAUUAGGAAAAUCAAAAGCUUCUUUCGGUUUCGACACCCUGAAAGCUCGUCAGUUAUAAGCCAUCAAAUCAGACGAGUCCGGCAGUAACCUUGCCGAACUGAAAAUUUUCAAUGUGGAUGAGCGGGCGGAACGGAUGAAUGGAUUGACCGGCAUAUAUAAAGACAGUUUCUUCGCUCACCAAACCGACUGAACGCACACGAGCCCGAGCACGAGUCUUGUGUCGUCCGCAGACAACGUCGAACAUCGAAAAAAUCGUGCCGCGUCCCGUCCUUUCGCCGGCCUACCCCCCAGGAAAACAUGGUGGUUGCGAGGACCGUGGCUGGAAGUAGGCAAAACCGUUUCGGAACGCUGUCAUCUGGUGCAUGGAUUUUUGAGUGUGUGCUGUAAAUUUUGAGGGGGUUCAGUGUCGCGACGACGAGAUGGAGGGUGAAUCGAACGAGAAGGACCUGGGGGAGAAGUGCAAUGGGGAGGUCGAGCAGGGGAAGACGGACGUGAAUUCCAACGAUGCCAAAGUGGACGAGAAGCCGAAGAGAUUUACCAUAAAACAGAAAGUGGCGUUGGUGAUGUUGGCGGCCGCCGACUUCAUGUGCUUCUGCUCAAUGUCCAUUAUGGCCCCCUUUUAUCCUCAGGAGGCUGCAAACAAAGGCAUGACCGAAUCCAUGGCAGGAUUUGUGUUUGGGUACUACGCCCUCGUGGUGUUUUUGACUUCUCCAAUAUUCGGAAAAAUUCUUCCCAAAUUAGGUGUUAAGUUUUUAUUUGUGACAGGAUUACUGACUUCAGGGAUAUGUAGUAUUACUUUUGGAACUCUUCACACGAUUAAAGACUACAAUUUGUUCAUGAUAUUAUCGUUUGUGAUACGGGGACUUGAAGCUUUGGGUGCCAGCGCUUAUUCAACAGCAGGAUAUGUUAUUAUCAUCAAUAUUUUUCCAGACAAUGCGAGUGCAGUAAGAGGUCUUCUGGAAACGUUCGUGGGUUUGGGAAUGAGCGCUGGUCCAGCAAUUGGCGGAUUACUGUUUGCGAUUGGAGGGUUUAGCUUACCAUUCUAUGUGGUCGGACUUAUAAUCACAUUGCUGGCGCCCCUCAACAUCUACUUGCUGCCAACGUCUGAAAAAUGUUCUUUGGAUGUGAAGACGGGAUCGUUGCUCAAUUUAUUGAAACUACCGCCUGUGAUAUUCACCUGCCUUAUUAUGGUCAUCGUAGCCAUGACAUGGGGUUUCUUAGAUCCCACUUUAGAACCUCACCUCAGAAAAUUCCAUUUGAGCCCCGGUAACAUAGGACUGAUAUUCCUGUUGCUCUCUGCCACUUAUGGCAUCUGUAGUCCAGCUUGGGGUUGGUUGACUGAUAGAAUUGAUAAUUACUGGUGUUUAAUGCCAAUUGGACUUUUCGGUAACUGUUUGGUGUUACUACUGCUGGGGCCAUCCCCCCUUUUAUCCUUCAUGGAGGACUCAAUUUGGCUGAAUAUAAUAGCACUUUCAUGCUUAGGAGUGUUCGUCGCCAUGUCUUUAAUGCCCACCUAUCAGUUCCUCCUAGACAGUGCCUUGGAAGGCGGUUUUACUGAAAACUUAGGAACACACAGCGUGAUAGCCGGCCUGUGGUCGUCAGUCUACUCGUUGGGUGAAGUUCUGGGACCAAUUCUCGGAGGAACCCUACUAGAAAACUACAACUUUCCCAUAACAUCAACGACGUUCUCGAUAUUAAAUCUAGUGGUGGCCUCUCUAGCCACCGUAUAUUUCGUCAACAUUCGCACUAAGGUGCCCACAGUGGCGGAGAAGAACCACAACCUGUUGAAAAAGAAGGUGGAGGACCUGAAGAUAUCCUACACGAAUGACUUGUGUGAAGUCCACGGGUUGGAGAGGCGUGUAAAGAACGGACACGUUCCAGUCGAAUACAAAGUCGAAUAGACUCGGAGAGUUUAUGUUUUGUGAAGAAAAAAUCUCAGUAAUUAACUCGGACGGACAAUAUGUUCGCAAUUACAAGUACAAAUGGGAAAAAUACUCGUAGUGAGUGAGAUUUUAUUAAAUGGACACGUUAGUUAAUUUUUCAUUAAACAAAUACAUUUAUAUAAAAUGUGAUAUAAAGAUCAAUGUGCCUUUGGGCACAUGUGUUUUAAAAGAAUGAAAAUAAACAGUGCUUUUAUUAUUUAAUUAUUUUAGGCAGUUCAAUAUUCAUUCAUUCAUGCAUUUAUCAAAUCUGAUAUUUAUUAGCUAGAUCUCAUCUGCAUCCUCUUAAUGAUUUAUUAAAUAAUAGUAUUAUUAAAUUAAUUCGUCUGAAAAAUCAUUGAACUUGUACAUACAAACAAAUAUUUAUUACAUAAAGCCUUUUACUUAUGUCUGGUACGUUGUUUUCCUAGUUAAAUGUAAAUAAAAUUCUUUAAUUUUUAA